AUGUCUACCAUCGCAUGGCCUGUGAAUCACCACGCUUCGCUGGCAGUCCAGCAACGUAGCCAACCCUGCCCAAUGACUGAUCACCACCUCAAGCUGCCCGUCGCAGCAUUUCACUGGACGCCCAUGGAUGGCGAAGGGAAGUCUCUCCUGUCUACCAAUCCCAACUGCAGCAGAGAUGUUCGCAAGAAGACUCGAAGACAUCCCUUUUCAGCCUCGUACAGCACUGCGCUGCAGCUAGCAAUGGAGGCAUCUCCAAGCUUCCCGGGUGCCACUCCCAGAGGCGGCGUUGCGCCAGUCUUCUGCCUUUCCGCCAACCCAGCCAGGGAAUGGCCUGCCAGGACUCGAGAUGAACGGCUCGUGAAAACGAGGGGCGAUCAGAUCAGGAGGAGAGUUGGAUGGAUCAUGGAAGAGCGAGAUCCGCAAACGUCGUUGCAGUGCAGCUGGACUUGGAUCUUACAUCUCAGGAAACUCAAUCACUACUCAGGGUCCCUCACUCUCAUGCCAGAUCUGAGGGUGGCAAUGGCAACACACACUGGUGUUGUUGUUUGUCUGGCUGGCUGUUCCACAGCGCAUACUUCCAGCAGUCAUAGCCAAAAGGGCAAAUAA